AUGUCAGUGUUAAAUGCUACCGCCUCUGUCUUAAGUGACAUCACCCAAUUCACUUUCAAUACGUUCGAUUAUACGGUUUUGGUAUUUUUGUUGUGUAUUUCCGCGGCUAUCGGUGUGUAUUUCGGUUUCUUUGCCAAAGGAGAAGAAACAACCGAAGAAAUUUACUUACAUGGCGGCAAACAAAUGAAAGUUUUACCAAUUGCCAUUUCAUUGGUGGCCAGUCAGCUUUCGGGUAUUACAUUUAUGACCAUACCGGCGGAAAUGUAUUCGUUUGGCAUAAAUUGGGGAUUCACCAUUGUGGCGAUGGUCGUCAUAAUACCCCUGCUAUGUUGGGUGAUUUUACCCGUGUUCUAUAAUAAUGGCAUUACCAAUUGUUACGAGUAUUUACAAUUGCGUUUCAAUCGCAAAACGCGCGAACUAUUGACAGCUGCUUUCAUAUUGACCCUAUUCUUCAUGCUGCCCGUUUUUACUUUCAUACCCGCAUUGGCUUUCUCACAGGUUACUGGCAUUCAUAUUCAUCUGAUCAAUGGCAUUGUCUGUUCCAUCUGUGUGUUCUACACAAUGUUUGGUGGCAUUAAAGCUGUCGUUUGGACUGAUGUGGUACAGGCCGUUAUAAUGGUAGUGUCCGUGGUAUUGGUGGCCGUUUUGGGUGUCAUUAAAGUGGGUGGUUUCGGCGAAGUAUUUCGUAUAGCUAGUGAAGGUGGCAGAUUAGAUGUUAAUUAUGCAUUCGAUUUUACCACACGUUCGACAUUUUGGAAUUGUUUUAUUAGUUCCACCGUGAUAUGGACCUCGUUUCUGGGUCUAGAUCAAAGUAGUGUACAGAGAAUUGUUUCGCUGCCAACAUUAAAACAAGCCAGACAUUCCCUGAUAAUAUUCGGUUUUGGUUUCGUUUUAAUCAUGGGCUUCAAUUGUCUAACCGGCAUUGUAAUGUAUGCUCGCUACCAUGAUUGUGAUCCCCUGGCUGCUGGUUACGUGGAAAAAGCCGAUAAAUUGAUGCCCUUCUUUGUCCAAGAUGUUGUGGGUCAUCUUAAGGGUAUGCCUGGUGUAUUCAUAUCGUGUGUCUUCAGUGCUGCCUUGAGUACCAUGUCGGCCAGUAUGAAUGCGUUGGCUGGUAUUGUUUAUUUCGAUUGCAUAAAGCCCAGAAUAAAUCACACCGAAAGACGUGCCAAUAUGAUUAUGAAGGCUUUGGUGUUGUUUACCGGUGUUUAUUGUAUUUUGGCUGGCGCUAUUGUUGAAAGAUUCACCUCAAUUCUACAGAUGCUCUAUUCGAUUAAUGGUGUAACAAUAGGUGCAGUAUUUGGGGUAUUUAUGAUGGGGAUGUUGGUGCCCAAGGCUCAUGGCAGGGCAGCAUUUUAUGCUGUUGUCGCCAGUAUGUUGACUAUGGUAGUCAUUGUUAUAUUGGCUCAAGGCAGAUUACAUUAUCAAACCCUGCCCAGUUCGGUGGAAUAUUGUCCCGUUUUGAAUAUGACACAAAGCAACAUCUCUCCUUUGGUUAACCUGCCUUUGCCAACUGAAAACCACUUAGAUAAAGGUUUCAAUAUACUGGACAUGUCUUUCAAUUGGUAUGUGGUCUUCGGUGCAUUUAUUGUGUUUGCUGUUGGAAUACCAUUCAGUUAUAUUUUAACGCCUGAAAAGGGUGCCAAAUUCGAUGUCAAGCUUCUUUCGCCCAUUAUACAACCAUUUGUUAACUAUGAAUUGGCUCAGGUCAAUGAAGUGUUAACAGAAAUUAUUACCUCAAAGCUCCCUCUUAAGUCAUAG